UAUCGUGCUAAUAAAUAAGCGAUUAUUUCACCGAUUGAGAAUCACAUCGAUUGCCACUGCUCCAGUGAAGACGCCAACAUGAAAGCUUUCGCAUCCGCCUGCAUCAUCCUUGCGAUCUGCGUCGCAGCGUCUCUACAGUACACUCCGUACGCUCGGUGUGAUGAUGGACCUCCACCCAAGUCAUUGAUAGUAGAGGGAUGCAAUAGUUCUCCUUGUGAUUUAUACAGAGGGACUAAUUUGACCGCGCAUUGGGACUUUAAUGCCAUCGCUGAUGCAGAAAAACUGACGGUCCGCGUGAGAGUCACAAUCCUGGGGAUCACGGUAACUUAUCCGUACCCUUACCCGAAUGCAUGCGAGUCUCUGAUGAAUAGCAAAUGCCCUUUGAGCAAAGGCGACAAUGCAACGUACAGUCUCCUCAUGCCGAUAUCUAAGGGUUAUCCGUCUGUUCAAUUGACCAUCGAGUUCUCCCUGAACGACGAAAAGAACAACUCGCAAGUAUGCUUCAAGUUGGAUGGCCAGGUGACUGACCCAUAAAUAAAAUAAAAGGCUCCCGUAUAUCACGACCUCAAUAGCUUCAAUCAAUUUAACUCUUCUUCUAUUAGUAUAUUACCCGAAUAUUCUUUAUUCUUUGAUAUAAAUUGUUAAAUUUUUGA